CUGCUGCAGCCGGAAGGAGCCCGGCGCAUCCUCAGGGACACGGGCGGCCUCUCUGCGCUCCACAACGUCUCCUACCACCUCCUCGCUGGCUCCCCGUCACCCCACAAAAAAUUCCUGGCGGUGGGAUUGGCAUCGGUGCAGCGGCCGCGUGGUUACUACCUCCCAGCCACGCUCCAGUCCCUCUUCAAGCAGUCAACAGAGGAGGAGCUGCAGGAGCUGGUGGUGGUGGUGCACUUGGCCGAUGCAGACCCCAGAUGGAACGUGCGUGUGGCUGCCGACAUCGCCAACAAGUUUGCUGAGCACAUCCUCCUGGGCCGGCUCCUGCUGAUCCACGCUCCCCACGAGUUCUACCCCACCCUGGAGGGUCUCAAGAGGAACUUCAAUGACCCGGAGGAGCGGGUGAGGUUCAGGUCCAAGCAGAACGUGGACUACGCUUUCCUCCUCGCCUUCGCUGCCAACCUCUCCUCCUACUACCUGAUGAUCGAGGAUGACGUGUGGUGUGCCAAGUCCUUCUUGACGGCCAUCCGCAAGGCACUGGCUUCCCAGGAGGGCUCCAACUGGGCCACGCUGGAGUUCUCCAAGCUGGGCUAUAUCGGGAAGCUCUACCGCUCCAGUGACCUUCCUCGUCUGGCUCGCUUCCUCCUCCUCUUCUACCAGGAGAUGCCCUGCGACUGGCUGCUGGUGCACUUCCGCCUCCUGCUCGCUCAGAAGGACGUCAUCCGCUUCAAGCCCUCCCUCUUCCAACACAUGGGUCUCUACUCCUCCUUCCAGGGCACCAUCAACCGGCUGGAGGACGACGAGUUCCAGGCUGAUGCCAUGGACCUUCCGGACAACCCUCCGGCGGCCUUUUUCACCAGCAUGUCUGUCUUUGAGAACUACGAGCCCCUCAGGGCCUACAGCACAGCAGAG